AGCUAACAAGCCAAGGCUGGCUUGCUGUCAAUCAAGUAGUCAGCUGCAGCUGUUCCCAGAUCAGUCACUGUGAUUCAGACCACAGGCAGAGAGUCACUCCGGGCAGCUCAUCUGACUCCAAGGACGCCUUUUUUUAAUCGAAACACAGAGAGCAAGCUAAAACACUAAAUAUUUUUUUUAUUUUCUGCGUCGUCCUUGUGGACAUGCCGCUGUUUGAGGAGGACCCCGCUCACCUGUCCAAAUCCAGACUCAGGUCAGACUUAGUCGCCCACAAUGUCGCGCUGCCACCUGCUCAGAGCAGAAAGGAGGUGUAUGUGGGGUUGCACUUAAAACACAUCGAGCAGAAAAACGAAGCGGAUUUCUCAAGCGAUGAGGAGGAUCAGGCGCAAGAUGUGGCAGACAAGGAGGAGGAUCGCGGCAAUGCAGAGAUUCCUGACCCGAGUUGUUUGACUGAUGAUGACCUCAAGGCUGCACUCCUCAAACACGGAGUUAAAGCUGGGCCCAUAGUCGCCACCACCAGGGCCUUGUAUGAGAAGAAGCUCAGGAAACUGCUUCAGCCUGAUGGAGAUGUUGGCCUUGUGAACGGAGCAGAGAAAGAUCUAUUGUACUCUGACAGCGAAGAAGAGGAGGAAGGUUCUGAAGGAGCAGAAGAAGAAACCGUUGAACAGUCAGAGCAGGCCACACAAGAGAGCAGCCAGACUGGCGGUUUUGUUUACCCACAGUGCUUUUUACUCUCAUCAAGGCUGCGUGCUCCUGCUUCUAGAAACGGGGAACCUCGUCUCAAGUGGAAUUCGGGGAAUGCGUUAAAAUCAUCAGAGCGGAUUCAGACUCAGUGCUCGCAGAUUCCAGCAGGAAUUAGCAGAGCAUCCACUGUAGAUCAACGCUCAGGAUUAGGAUCAGGGGUUCCACCUGGAUCAUCAGUCGUGUCUAAUGGUCACUCAUCAUUUUCCUCUCAGGCCUUCAGCAUCACUCAAAUGGUUGAAGAGAUGGAGAGGCGGAGGUCACACUCCACUAGCGCAGACACUGAACAAGAGCUGAAUAGGAGCAAUGUGCAGGAACAUUGGUCGCAGGCCAACGGGCUGGACACGUUAACAACGAAGAACCAGUCCCUGUACUACACUCCCAAGGCCUCUCCUUAUAAAACGGGAAUGAAGCCUCCUCUGGAGCCUGUGAAAGAUACUUUCAAGGACAUUUUUCCAGACACUCACACCACGCCCACAGGCAUCCAUGCCACAUGUCGAAAACCCAUCAAGGGUGCAGCAGGGAGACCUAUCCUGUAUGGGUACCCAGAGAGUCCUGUCAGUCCCGCAACCCUGGAGAGACAAGAGGUGGAGCGCCGCAUUGUACCUAUCAAGAUACAGAUUUUGGUCUUCCUCAUUGUGGUAGUUCUCCUAUACCUUAUUAAUGUUUGUGUUGAGGACGGCUCAUUCGCUCCAUUUGUGGCCUUACUGGACAGUCUAAACCCGAUUUCAGACGGUGAGGACGGACUUCUGCUUCAGGCUGAGACACAGGACACACCGGCGCUCUCCGUACAGGAGUAACUUUGUAAUCUUCUACAUCGACUUACAAAUGCGAAGGUUGAUUUUUUUGAUGAUGCAAACUAUAAUGAACUUGUCCUGGGAUAUCCUCAGGGAGCACAAAUUAAUUUAAACAUUAACUUUUUGCUGUCUGUGUUUGUGUGUACGGGAGCAAAGUAUAGUUUUAUGUUUGCAUAUGUUUUGCUUAUGAAUGUGUUACCAAAGUGCUGGAGUUGAAACAUUGGAGUUGGAGUUGAAACAUUGGAGUUGAUUCUGUUGCUGUCGUUUUUUUCUACUUCCUAACCGAAUUUAUAUAAUAUCUGUGUCAUUGUACUUGUAUGGGUGUUUGCUUUUUUUAAAUAUUUGAACCAUAUUUCAAUAAAGGAUGUCCUGCUUCAUA